CCUGCUGAGCGAGCCCCUCCCCGCCGCCGCCCCCGCCCUCGGCCCCACCCCGGGGCUCGCCCGCAGCGGCGGGGCUUUGUUUCUGGGGAGGAGAACCCGGAGCUCUUUUGUUUGGGGGUUUGGUGUUUUCACCCCCCCACCUCACCCCGCCCCACACCCCCCCGACCCGCGCCUCUCCGGUUUCCUGAGCUGCGGGCUGCGAGGGAGGAGCAGCGGCGUCUUGCAACCCCCUCGGCUGGGCCCCGGGGUAAUUCGAUGCGGGCCUGGCGAGGCUCCCCACGCUAGACCGGGGCUCGCGUCUCGGCAGCCUCCACCCACCGGCCCACCCUACAUUUAGCGCAUCAUGUGAUCCGGGUAAGUCAUUUGCAAGUACAACAGUUCCCUGGGUUGCCCCCCAUUCAUUUCCUGAGAACUGCAGAGAGCAGCUGAGAGGCUCUGCCUGUGCGUGUGCGAGUGUGCGUGUGAGUGUGCGCGGGUGACGCCGUGUGUGUGCGAGUGAGUGUGUGCGCGCGCGCUCGUGUGUGUGAGAGAGAGAGAGAGAAAGGGAGAGAGGGGGACUCUGUGAGGGAAAGAAAACAAUUUCUCCUGCUCUGCAGCUUCUGUUCAGAUCAUUUUCUGACCAAGCUUAGGAGCACCAUCCUCGAGUACACGGAUCAAUGUGACUCUAGAAACAAAUGGAUGAAUGAAUAUCCAUAUGAAGAGGAAAACAAUAAAGAAUAUCAGCACCUGUGAAAACAGAAUGUUAAUGCUUGAUGGGAUGCCGGCAGUCAGAGUCAAAACAGAGCUGCUGGAAUCGGAACGAGGGUCUCCAAACGUCCACAACUACCCCGAUAUGGAAGCUGUUCCCCUGUUGUUAAAUAACGUGAAAGGGGAGCCGCCGGAGGACUCGUUAUCUGUAGACCACUUCCAGACACAAACUGAGCCAGUGGACUUGUCUAUCAACAAAGCCAGGACAUCCCCCACGGCCGUUUCAUCCUCCCCAGUCUCCAUGACAGCGUCUGCCUCCUCACCUUCUUCAACUUCAACCUCUUCAUCGUCUUCUAGUCGUCCAGCCUCAUCCCCCACUGUUAUAACAUCAGUAUCUUCAGCAUCAUCUUCGUCAACAGUAUUAACUCCAGGGCCCCUUGUUGCCUCUGCAUCUGGUGUGGGAGGCCAGCAGUUUUUGCACAUUAUCCAUCCUGUACCGCCUUCAAGUCCCAUGAAUUUACAGUCUAACAAACUGAGUCACGUUCACCGCAUCCCUGUGGUGGUGCAGUCGGUGCCUGUUGUCUACACAGCCGUGCGGUCACCUGGAAAUGUGAACAACACUAUUGUAGUGCCGCUUUUGGAGGAUGGGAGAAGUCAUGGCAAAGCACAAAUGGACCCCCGAGGCCUAUCUCCCAGACAAAGUAAAAGUGACAGUGAUGAUGAUGACCUGCCAAAUGUGACCUUAGAUAGCGUUAAUGAAACUGGAUCUACGGCCCUUUCCAUAGCCAGAGCAGUUCAAGAGGUACAUCCAUCCCCAGUAUCAAGAGUCCGGGGAAAUCGAAUGAAUAACCAGAAGUUUGCUUGUUCAAUUUCACCAUUUAGUAUUGAGAGCACAAGACGCCAGAGACGAUCUGAAUCCCCAGACUCCAGAAAACGGCGUAUUCACAGAUGCGAUUUUGAGGGAUGCAACAAAGUGUACACAAAAAGUUCUCACCUGAAGGCUCAUCGAAGGACACAUACAGGGGAGAAACCCUACAAGUGCACCUGGGAAGGCUGCACCUGGAAGUUUGCUCGUUCGGAUGAACUGACAAGGCAUUACCGCAAACACACGGGAGUGAAGCCAUUCAAGUGCGCGGACUGUGAUCGCAGCUUUUCUCGGUCAGAUCACUUGGCACUGCACCGCCGGAGGCAUAUGCUGGUGUGAGGAAUGCUACCUGUCCAGCUGAGCGAGAGAGCUGGAUCUCUUAGCGGCACCCAGUUCAGCAGGGCUGAAUCCCCUUCACAGUGUUAACACAAAGGGCAUCACCAUCCCACGAUGUCUGAAACCAGAGCAGGAAACAGAAGGAACACUUCUCCUUUCGGUCUGAAGGUAAACCCCAUCGCGACUCCACGAGACACGGCUUCACGCUGGCCUGGGAGAUCGGUGACACAAAUGCUGAAGAGACAGGCAUUGUUUUCCGUGCUGUGUACUCUGCCAUUUAAAGAUGUUUGUAGCUUGUACAUUUUCUGAGCUGUCAGACAUUUUGUUAUUGAUACUUUAAAGGUCAUCUACCACAAAUUGAUGGCUAGAGCAAGACCUUGUACAUGGGGAUAAUUCUCCCAUCAUCCCACCCCUUAACCCCUUUUUACAGAAAUUUCAGUUCCCAUCUGAGUAAGAUAGAAUGCACAUCCAGUCCGUUACCAGCAAGCAGCAUGAACGUAGAAAAGAAGAAGGUGUUGGAGAGGUUCCAUUACCUGAAAUAAAGGGGCACCCGGGUAGCCCUUGGCAAUAGCGAUGGCAGCAGCUAGAUAUCGCCCGCAACUUGUCAUUAUGCCAUGCCCUGAAGAAAACCAACAUUGAACCUUUCAUUUGUUUGUUGUUGAUUGUUUUUGUUUUGUUUUGAUUCUGUUUUGUUCAUCUGUUCGAGCAGAGGGGCAGCGACAUUUCGGCUGGAGUCUAGUCCCAGUGUCCGCCCUGGCACAGACUGGCACAGAGCUGUUCUGUAGUUGAAUAGGAAGAGCCUGUCUAAAAAACUACUGCCCCACUUCAAAUUGCAGUGUUCUGUCACCUAGGCAUCAUCUCUUCCUGCCCCUAGUAUUUGAUUACAAGGAAUCAGGGGGAAAAAAACUUUCUUAGACACACUGGCACCAAGGUAAGAAGAGGUGGGGCUGCCCAGGCAAAGUCAGUGAACAUGAAAAAUCAGACAAAGCAGAGAUGGAAAUAAUGCGCCUCUUGAGGAGAAAAGCAAUAAUGAAUAAAAGGACUUUCCUACAAUAACUUCACUGAGGACUCACGUUACCAAUUUUCAUACUUACUAAAGGGAUUGUAAGAAACACCCCAACAUUUUAGAUGUCUUGGUUACAUUCACAGCACUGAGGUAAUCUUUCUGCUGUUUGUUGUCCUGCUUGGUUGACUACCACAAUUAAAGAUUCUGCUCCCCUUUGCUUGUUUGAAAACGGUUAUUUGGUGACUAGAAUUGCCAGGGAGGCCGAGCAGGGAAUUAACUCUGGGGUUAAUGGGUCAGCCCUCCCUGGAAGCAAGUCAGCGCAGAGGGAGCGCUCCCCAAGGAGAGCCUGACACGGUGCUAGUUCCCUCACUUGGAGAGCGGAGCAUCAGUGACUCUCCAGGAGGUUCUCCUAUACAGAUUUCCUUUUGUAAACUGUAUCAGGACCCAGUGGUCCCGCAUCGGCCUCUGCAGGGAUGUUGAACCCACUCAUCCUAGACCUAGGGUGAGAGGAAAUUACAGUUCCAUCAACCCCCUAAAAAUAUGAGCCUUUUUGGCAGUUAGCAAAUUAUACAGUAAGCAAAGCAAUACAUCACCAACAAGCAUUCUUUCAGAAAAAUUAUCAUAUUAUUUUCCCCCACUAAAAGCUGUUUUUUUUUCAGCUUUAUGUGGCUAAGGGGCUUGGUGAGGUUUUUAGUUAUUGUUGUUGUUAAGAUUUUAUAUAGCUUAGAUAUAAAUGUUACCAGCAUAUAGAUAGACCUUUGCAAUAUACUUUAAUUACAAACACUUGAUUUUGGGAGUCGCACAAAUUAACCUCACAAUAUUACUAGCUCAUUUUUAAAUGUCUGAACAUUCUGAAAUAAUUUACAGUUGCAGAAUUAUCCUUUUUAGAAUCAUCUUCUAAUUCAGAUAAUCUUACUCUGAUGAAGCAAGAACUUUAAACCUUGAAACAAAGACAAUUUGUGUUGGAUGGUAUUAAAAGAAUUUUUUUUUUUUAUGUUCAAGCAACAGCAUAAUGAUUUUCAGGUCAAAUUUUGUCUUCAGAAAUAUGUGCUCUACAUUUUCUGCCAGGUCUGAAAAAUUCAUCAGGCAAUUUUUCUCCAAAAAGGGCUGCAAUUCGAUUGAUAAAUAGCUUCUUUAGCUACACAAUCUACUACCCACCAAGCACUGGGAUUUUUUUUACCAACUGGAAAGUUUUUUAUCCGUACUGUAUGUAACUUCUACUUCUCAUUGCCUGUGACCAUUGGGAAUGGAAAAAAGGUUUCUUGAUGCACACCAGCCUUGAUUAUUGUCAGCGGCACAGGACGGCAUGGUGAACACAGCCGCGGAGCCCUCUCUGCUAGUCCCAGAACCUGGCUGGCAGGCAGUAGGUGAAUCACUCAGGCAAAGUGUAGACUUGAUUUAAUUCUGUCUGUUCUCAUAAGAAGGGCCAAUCCUGUUCUGUGCUGAGAGAGGUCUUGCGAGUGUUACAGGUAGAGGUGGUUUAUACAAUUCAUAGGCCUGACAGGCAGUGGGAGCUUCCUGAGUGACAGCUUGAUUUAAAUUUAGCAUCAAACUAAAUAGCUGCUCCUCUCUAAUAACACAGGAAAGAUUCAGGAAAGUGAGUUUUUCUCCUCAUCCUCUGAGAGUGGAAACCAGACUGAGACAGUAAGUUGACUGACAGAGUCUGUCAGUACUACGCCAGUUCCCCCUUUGACUUGUCCACACUUCUAAGGAGGGAUCCAAGCACAAGUAGUGAAGGAGUUGCUGAUCUAGCCCCAGGACUGAAAGUUACUUGGGACUUGUCUUGGGGCAUAGCAAAUGCUCUUUGUUGAGUUUUCUACAAAUGUUUUCCCAUGGAAAGGAAAGUAGUUUGGGAGAGAAAGAAUUGGAUUCUUAAGUGGGAAUAUCUUUGGGCAUAGAAAAGCCUCCUCUAUUUCAUCUUAUGUCCAUUGUAGCCUCUUUUUAAAAAGCACAGUAGAUGAUGAACAAGAGAAAAGAAGUAGAAUCCAAAGGACUCGUCAGUUGUUCCCUAACUAGAAGCAUUCUUUGGUUUUAAAUUUGAAACUGUUCUGUCACUUUGCAGCGGGACUUAUGUGUGUGUUCAGGAACUCACACGCAGGUGGCGGUAAUGGCUUGAGAAGCUACAGUAGGCCUAUCUCUUUGCAUUGUGGAGAUUUGAGUUCAAGGGGGUUAAUAUUAUUUGAGAAGUUACAAGGUUCAGGCUUUGGGGUUUAAACAGAUUCCCUCUUCAUGUUCUGAUCUUAAGUUGUUAGGAAAAAAAUUCGCACUUUCCCAUUCUCCUCCAGCUCCCUCCUGUCAACUGUGUGCGGAUUCUGAGAAGCCUGCUUGAUAACUUGUCUUACGUUCUAUUACAAUAUUUAGACCAAAAUUCCUAAUGGCUUUACCGUAAAGAACAUACUACUGUCUGGCAUAACUUCUGCGAAACACUAUAGGACAUUUCUUCUCAAAAAAGAAAAAAAGAACAGUUGAAUUACAGUAACAUAUACCACAUUGGGGGAAAAAAAGAGCACUUUUUUUUUCUUCUGAAAGUUUAAGUGGAAAAUAGGAAGAGGAUUGUCAAGGGGAGAAAAUCUUACAAAAAGGUACAGUGUUUACAAUGCCAGUUCUAGGGUAGAAAGGCCAUUCUCAUUAUGGUUGAAAUUUUGGAUAGCUCAUACAAAGCUUGUGGUCAUUUUUACACUUUUUUUAACUUCAAAUUGCCAUUUGUGUUUUCAACAUAAGUGUAAUUC